UGAUAAACUUGAUUGGUAUCACCAAAUUACUAACCAUGGUAAGUCCUGGUAACAUUGUUAAAUCCUUGAACCUAGCACCCGGAAACCCGCCACCCGCUUUAUCGUUUCGCUUCUCUUCUCUUCUUUCCAGAAGCAGCUUGUCAGCGCCCUUCCAUGGGCUCCUUUUCGACCAUCUCUCUCUAUUCUCAUUCCAAGUCCCCUCUCCUCUCGCGUCGUUUUCCAACAACCUUUGCUUCCUCUUAUCAUUCUCACAAUUCGCCGCGUCCUAGUUCGUUGCCGUUUAAUGGCAGGAGAAGGUGUUUCAGGUGUAGGCGUUUGGUUGUAGCCGUUGCUUCUGGGGCCAAGGGAGGCCCGAGACAGUCAACUACCGGUCGAAGAGUGUAUAGGCAGUCUCAGAGUGAGAGCGCUUUGACUAGCGCUCCGGCAAAACAAAUUGCCUCAUUUGUUGUGCCUGCUGGCGUGUUUUUCGCCGGCACCUUUGUUCUUUGGAAAUUGGUGGAGAACAUUCUUAUGCCAAAACCCCGAAAGCCUGCAUCUGGAGAGAAUAAACCUCCUGGGGAAGCAGCCGAAGGAAUGAAAUGGUCUGUUGCUCCAGGAACAAAUUUGCUAUCAGGCUUCACUGCUAAGAUAUUCAGAGAAUCAAAGCAAACACUCAAUGAAUUUGCAAAAGAGCUCAGGUCAUUCAGAAGUGUUGACAUGUCAGGACGCAAUUUUGGAGAUGAAGGACUAUUUUUUCUUGCAGAAAGCUUAGGGUACAAUCAGACUGCAGAGGAAGUCAGUUUUGCUGCAAACGGAAUAACUGCUGCUGGAAUAAAAGCCUUUGAUGGUGUUCUUCAAUCAAACAUUGUGUUAAAUACUCUUAAUCUUUCUGGAAACCCUAUUGGAGACGAAGGAGUAAAGUGCCUAUGUGAUAUAUUGGUGAACAAUUCUGGUAUCCAUAAGCUCCAACUGAACAGUAUUGACUUGGGGGAUGAGGGUGCUAAAGCUAUUGCUGAGUUGCUGAAGCAAAAUUCAAGCUUGCGUCAUCUUGAACUUAACAAUAAUAUGAUUGAGUAUUCUGGGUGUACAGGUCUUGCAGAAGCACUUCUAGAGAACAAUACAUUAAGAAGCUUACAUCUUAAUGGCAAUUAUGGUGGUGCACUAGGAGCUAAUGCUUUGGCUAAGGGACUUGAAGGGAACAAGUCGUUGCGGGAACUUCAUCUUCACGGAAACUCCAUUGGAGAUGAGGGAGUUCGUGUUUUGAUAUCAGGAUUAUCUUCACAUAAAGGGAAACUGGCAGUUCUAGACCUUGGGAACAAUUCCAUCAGUGCAAAAGGUGCCUUUCAUGUUGCAGAAUAUAUUAAGAAAAGCAAGAACUUGUUAUGGCUGAAUCUUUACAUGAAUGACAUUGGUGAUGAGGGAGCUGAAAAGAUUUCAGAUGCCUUGAAGCAGAAUCGAACAAUAGCCACCAUUGACUUGGGGGGAAAUAACAUUCAUGCCAAAGGGGCUAGUGCAAUGGCCCAAGUCUUGAAAGAUAAUUCAGUCAUUACAAGCCUGGAUCUUUCUUAUAAUCCCAUUGGAACUGAUGGUGUAAAGGCUUUAUCUGAAGUUCUGAAGUUCCAUGGAAACAUAAACAUACUUAAGCUUGGUUGGUGUCAGAUUGGAGCAAAUGGUGCAGAGUCCAUCGCAGAUAUGUUGAGAUACAAUACUACCAUAGCCGUUCUAGACUUACGGGCUAAUGGACUUAGAGAUGAAGGUGCAAAGUGCCUGGCUCGCAGCUUUAAAGUGGUUAAUGAAGCUUUGAGUUCACUUGAUUUAGCAUUUAAUGAAAUAAGGGAUGAUGGGGCUUUUGCCAUUGCUCAAGCACUCAAGGCCAAUGAAGAUGUGGCAGUCACAUCUAUAAACCUUAGCAAUAACUUCCUGACAAAAUUUGGACAGAGUGCUCUCACAGAUGCAAGAGAUCAUGUAUUUGAAAUGAAUGAGAAAGAAGUCAACAUAUUUUUCUAGGAGAUUUCUCACACAGCGAUAAAGGAAAAUAGUUUGUCGUUAUGUAUUAGAACAGGUGACCCCAUUCUUUUUGUUUAUUCUUCCUCCGGCUAAGUAAACUCAAUCUUUCAAGUUAGACAUGGGUGGUAUGGCCAGCAUCCACUAUAUGAGGAAAAUAUGGAAUUUUGAUAUUGAGGAAUUGUAGUUGCUUUACAAAAUUAUUUUUAUUAUUAUUCUUGAUUAUUUUUGUUCUC